UGGGCAGCAGUCGCCAUCUCACUCUGUAGCCAUGCCCGUUUGCUCGAGUGCCGCUGCCCCCGUGGACCUCAGCGACCACCGAUGUGAAAGCUUGUGAAUAUCCACAGCCGGCCCAGACCCGAUGCUGCGCGUGGCCAUAGCAGGCGCCGGCAUCUCCGGCAGCAUCCUGGCAGCGCAGCUCUCCAAGCAUGCCAACGUCCGCGUGACGCUGCUGGAGCGCUUCGCGCGCGGCGCCCUGCCUCCAGGCCUGAACCUGCUCCUGAACCACAACGGCAUGGCGGCGCUGGGGGCGCUGGACGCGAGGCUUGCGGAGGCGGUCAGGCGGGUAGGCGAGCCGAUGGUGUCGUGGUCGGCGGCGACGUUGUCGGGCCGGCCGCUCUACGGCCUCGGCGACGUGACCGCAGCGGGCGCGGCCUCCGCCGUGGGCGGCGAGCGCAGCGGGCCCCUGGCAGACACCUACGGCGUGCGCGGGCGGUGGCGCGACCUCACCGCGACCUGCCAGCUCGCGGCGGUCGCGAGCGCCGCCGAGAUCCGCUGGCGCACGCAGGUGGCGGGCGUGCGCUGCAGCAGCGGCGGCGCCCGCGGGUCUCGCGCGCCCCUGACGCUGACCCUCCACCGGGCCGCCGAGAUCGCGGGCGGGAUUGGCACGUAUACCAACCAGGAAGCGCUGGGCAGCGGGAACGCGGGCAGCCCUGCCGUCGCUGCGGCGGCCGCGGCCGAGGCCGAGGCGGCGGCGUGGGCCGACGCCCGCGCGGAGGAGCUGGAGGUGGACCUGCUCGUUGGCUGCGACGGGCGCUACUCGUCGGUGCGGAAGGCGAGCGUCGAUGCCGAGGACGAGCUCGUCUGGCCAG